UUGUGAUUGCAAUUGCAUACUUUUUUAUCCCGUUCUUUCAUCUUAGAGAGAUUUUAGGACUUGGGAGGCCGUUCCAAAGCAAUAACAAUUAACAAAAAAAAUGCCAUGUCCAAAAGAAACUCUAGUUUUGUUGUUCUUCAAUGUCUCCAGUUCUUUCCAUCUUCUCUUCCUCUUCUUUUACUUUUCCUCCAUUCUGCUUGCCAAGGUCUUCAAUUUUCUGUGCAGGAAAACAAAACACAAGAGUACCGACUAUGAAGACCAAGUUGGCUAUUUCGAAGAAGAGGAAGAAGAACAAGAAGAAGAAGAAGAAGAAGAAGAAGAUCGUCUCUACUUUAGUGUUGAGUGUACCGAGAAAGAGGAUCUGGUGGCCGACAUCAUUCAUGGCGGAGAAGCCCUGUUGUUUUUGCCCACUAAAAGACUCGAGAAGAACAAAACUCUUCUUGAAGAACGCCCAGGAUCUGAUGAGAGCAUAUUUGAAGGCCUUGGUGAAAUAUUUCUCGAGGAACAAUCGUUUAUUUGUAGCUUACCUGCUUCAAAACUUGAACAUGACAGUGAAGAUAAGGGUGACGAAACAUGUACAUCUAGCCAUUCUGAUUCAUUAUUUGCCACGCCUAUGCAAACCAGCAGUCCAGAUGAAGAUGUUCUUGCGACAAUACCGACACUGACGCAGACUAAACUAGGCACGGGCGGGAACUCUGCAGCAGCAGCUAAUGACAUAGCUUAUGGAAAAGGAUGUGAUAAUGGAGGAGCAACUGACAGCGAAAAUGAAGAAAGGAAUCAUCUGUCGGAGGAUGAAAAUUUCUUAAUUUUCGCCCCUCUUCAGUUGGAAGCCCGAAAGGUCCAGGCUCAAGUGAAGGAUGGCGACGAGAUGUUAGGGGACACAUUUACAGUUGGGUCGACUUCUUCUAAGAGUUCUUCUGAAUGGAGAAGCUCUACUAAUUUCAGGGAUUCAGGAACAGAAGACCCUUUUUCUUCUUCAUCACGAAGGAGCUGCCCCAACUGGGAGCCGUACACUGUCUUCCAGAAAUACGAUGAGGAGAUGUCGUUCUUUGACCGAAUUAGUGCACAGAAGCUCAGUGAAACAGAAUCUCUUAGGACCAUUGAAGUAUGUCCAAGGUCUAUUUCGCAGAGGAUCGUACACAAGUUUACAACCAAACGCAAAAGGCCACCUGGGUACAGUAGAGAUCCAUAUCAUGAAUUGGAGAAUGCUUAUGUUGCUCAAGUUUGCUUGGCAUGGGAAGCUCUUAACUGGAACUACAAGAACCUCCAACGUCUUAGAGCUUCACGCCAAGAAGAAGAUCCCGGAUGUCCGGGCCGAAUUGCACAGCAGUUUCAGCAGUUUCAGGUUCUGUUACAGCGAUACAUCGAGAACGAGCCUUAUGAGCAUGGCAGGAGACCUGAAGUUUAUGCCCGGAUGAGGAUUUCUGCACCAAAACUACUACAAGUUCCUGAGUUCCGAGAUUUAGAAGAUGAUCAAAAGGAGGAGUCAAGUAUCUCAUCGACUAAAUUCCUGGGAAUAAUGAAAGAUGGAAUUCGGACAUUCAUGGAUUUUCUCAAGGCAGAUAGAGAGAGCCACUACGAGAUCUUUACAGCUUUCUUCAAGAGGAACCGCGGUUGUUCUGUUGAUCCAACUCAUCUCCAAAUGGUGAAGAAGGCGAAUAAAAAAAAGAAGAUGAAGCUUAAAGACCUCCGCCGGUCUCACAGAUGCUUAAGAAAAAGAAAGCUAAGCGAGGAGGAGGAGAUGGAGAUAUUGAUGAGCCUGAUAGAUCUAAAACUGGUGUCUAGGGUUCUGAAAAUGUAUGACAUCAAUGAAGAACAGUUGCAGUGGUGUGAAGAGAAGAUGAGCAAAGUGAGAAUGUGGGAAGGGAGAGUUCAAAGAGAUUCCUCCCCACUUUUCUUCCCUGCACACUGACCCACCCCAUACAGUAUGUUGGUUGAUGACUAGACCAUGAAUGUAUGUGGCAUGAAUAUUCUGGCUACCCUUUUGGCCUUUUCUGUAAAUACUGUAUGAAACUAGCAAAUUAUGGGCCCACAAAUCAAAGUAACUACGUCUACCUGUGGGGUGACAUAGAUUUUAGA